UGUACAAAUAUUAUUGUUCAAUACUUUUUGAAUAAACUGAAAAAAUGUCUGAAGAAAUUGAUAUAUUAAGAGCAAUUGAACAAGAUGAUUUUUAUAAACCAUUUCUACAUUCAGCUGCCAAAAGCAGUUUAAAUAAAAGUUUGAGUAUUACUGAACAAGUUACUAAACUUGGUGAAGGCAUUGAAUUGCUGACAAAAGAGUUGCAGAAACAGGUUCUUGAAAAACAUGAUGAUUUGCUGAAGCAAGCAAAUCAUGCUACUAAGUUGGAAAAUGUUUUGAACACUAUGAAUAAUCAUGUAGAGAAUCUCUUUGCUAAUGCAGAACGAUUAAAGACACAAAUUGCUGGUCCUUAUGAGGCCUUGGAAAGUCAUACUAAAGUGUUAUCCAGGUUACAUUUGGCUAGUCAUAUAUUAAGGCAAGUUAGCAGGAUUCAACAAUUGAGUAAAAGGUUGAGUAAUACUAGUGAUCCAGUUAGAAAAGCCACAAUUUUACAGGAGCUGGAACAAUUGGCUUCAGAUUCUGACUUAGUUGAUGUUGAUGCUGCUACUUUAGCUUUGAGAAAUGUUAGAUCAGAGCAACAAAAGGUUGUUAAACUUGCAAACAGUUUGUUAACACAAGGUGUGAUUAAUGAGAAUUCUGCCCAAACCUCAACAGCCCUUCAAAUAUUUUCUAAUUUGGGAACCCUAAAAUCAGCUAUAGAGAAUGUUGUAUCUAUUGCUGCUGAGGAAUGCAGAGAAAGCUUGAAAACCACAUUUGAUGCUAGGGUUAAUGUUGAUAGUUUAGCAAACAAAAAGGCAGGUCCUGGUAGGGCAAAUUUGACAUCUUCACAAGGUUUUAGAAUUAGGAUUUGGGCGGAUUUAGAGAAGGCUUUUUCUGAGGAGAUUUACCAGCAAUGCAAACAGAUUAAAUUUCUUCAAAUUAGCCUCACGAGUAUGCACUAUGAUAUGCCCGAUGUUGCCUUAAACUUUUGGAAUUCUCUAGGAGACAUAAUUACGAGUGAAAUAAAGAAUGGAUCCGCCUCGGUGCAGCAAAUGUUGGAAGAAGACUACCCGAAGUUGCUUAAGUGCUAUUAUGAUAUGAUGCAAAAGUUGAACUAUGAUAAAUUCAAUUACUCGAGGAGUAUUUUGGAGAAAUGCGAGAAUGCAUACUUAACCAAUUCCUGGACGCGUUUGUUGGAGCCUACGCAAAGCAUGUUUGUGCAAGAAAACGCAGCUCCCAGUCACGAUCAAAUAGAUUCUUUAAUUAGAAAUAUUACUAGUGAAAUCAGUGUUGCUUUAGUUGAAGAAACUUUGGUGGAAAAAAUCGCGAAGAAUGUUACCAAAUGUAUCAAGUUAUAUGCAGUUAAAACGGAACAACUUUUGGCUACUGGCCCAGAUGCAUCUCAAGUUAUAGGAGGGGCCCCAAACGGUGGUCAACAGUUAAAUGUCCAAUUAGGGAACGCUAUGUACUACCUACAAAUCCAAAUACAACGAAUGCUUAUUAACAUGAAAGAGAGCUUAACGCAGACCAGCAUUGGUAUUAUUAAUGACAGUCUGUUAGUUUUGGAUAAUUUAACAGUCGCUAUUUUACAACCUUUGAUUGCGUCAAUAAAUAGCACGAUUGAAACGAUCUUGGUUACAAUACAUUUAGAGACCGAUUGGAAUAAGUUGCAAUCGACAAAUCGGACCAACAUUCCAUGCAGUCCAUAUAUGAGAGAACUAAUUCAAUUCAUAAGUCGCGUUUUUCCAACGUAUUUAGCGCGAUUUGAUAACAAGGAAAUUCUGAGUACUAAAUGCAGUGAUAUUGCAUUGAGAUGCAUCGAGUUGUUAGUACGCCACGCUUCGAUUCUACGACCGAUUUCGCAAGGAGGUCGUGCUAGAUUGCAGUCAGAUUUCAACCAUUUGGAGCAGUCAUUGAAAUUGCUUUGCCCAUACUUGACUGACCUAGGAAGACCAUACAGGCUAUUCAAAUCUAUGGCCACUUUAGUGGCACUAACACCUCAAGAGAUCGUCGCUAGUCAAGAAGACGGAAGUUCCGUACCUCACAGUACUGUUCUACUUUUACUUUUCUCAUUCGCAAGUUUAGAUUUAGCCAGUCCUCAUCAAAAUACCGGUUGGAGUUUACCUAAACUAUCUGCGUGGUUAGAUGAACAUACUUCUGAAGACGAAAGACUCGAUUUAAUUGCUGGUGCACUUCAGAAGUACGAAAGUACCAUCAGAAUGAAGAACUUGACUAACUUUGAUUCUGUAUAUCCAAUUAUGUCGGAGUUUUUGGCGCAGGCCGUCAAAAAGAACUGAACUUAUUUUGAUUCCAUAUAAAUUUCAAUACAAUUUAUAUAUUUUAAAUUAUAUAUUUAUCACCAAUUUUAAUAAAUAAAAUU